GGCUGAAGUGGGGGGAGGGGGGUUCUUGUCAGUUAGAGCAACAAGAUGGCCGCGGUGGCAGCUCCGCACCUCAGCGCGACGGCCCCGGGAGCCGCAGCCGCCGCCGCCGCCGGCCCCGCCGCCGCGCAGCCUUGAGCGCCGCCCGGGCCGCCCCAACAGGGCAGUCCCAGCGCCCGCCGCGCUCCCGCCACCGUCACCGUCGCAGUCGCCGCGGGCCCGCCCGAGCCGCAGGCGGAGGGAGCGGAGCGGCCCCGCGCCCAGCCGUCCGCAGCUGCCACCACCGCCGCCGCCGCCUAGGACCCGGGCCGCGCCGGAGCCGCGUCCCGCCGGGCGUGAGGAGGAGGACGCGUCGCGGCGUUGCCAGGGCCGGACCUGGACCUGCCGGGACGCGCCACCGCCCACUCGCCCGCGCCGCCGCCGCAGCCGCCCGCGCCGGGACCCGAGUCCGCGGCGCCGGCGCUGAGCGGGCCCCCGCCGCCCGCGCACUCCCGAGGCCCCUGGGCGGUUGUUCGUGUCGCCGUCGCCGCCAGGCCCGCGCCACCGGAGCCCCGCGGAGCCGCAGCCGCCGCCGGGGACGGAGCCCAGGGAGAAAGAGCAAGAAACACAAGAAGAGGAACGUUUGAUGGAAGAAAAGAAAAAGAAAAAGCAGGAAGAAAAGAAAAAGAAGGAAGGUGCUCAGAAAAAGGCUGCUGAUCAAAAAACCAAAGUGCCAGAACCUACUAAGACCUGUUCAAGCCAGCCCCAACCUGCCGGUACCAGUACCAGUACUUCCACCAGCACUAUCUCAAGCAGCAACAAUGGCAAACGUGCAUCUGCCAGUGGCCAGCAGCCAGCUGCAUCCCGUUACCUGCCUCGUGAGGUGCCUCCACGCUUCCGCCAGCAAGAACAGAAGCAGCUAUUAAAGAGAGGCCAGCCAUUGCCUACGGGGACUCUAACCAGUGUAAGCCCAACCCAGGGUGCUGGGCCUGCAGGGGUAAGCCCACCUCCCCUACCUGGAGCCGGAACACAGCAUCAUCCCAGUAAGCUCCAACCAGAUCUCAGUCAUAGUGGAUUGGCAGAUCAUUAUGAAAAUUCCCACUGGGGACAGCAGCCUACUUACAGAAGCGAAGCCAACUGCAGCUGGGAUAAAGUGAUAAUAGAUAGGACUGACAAGGAGGCGUGGCCUUCCAUCACAGGAACAGAGACUGAAUCUGCCUCAGAAUGUACUACAGACACUGACUCUGCCUCCAACUGUGGCUCAGAGAACAGUAGCAUGGCUACAGGGAGUGCCCAAGGCAACUUCACUGGACAUACCAAGAAGACAAAUGGCAAUAAUGGCACCAAUGGCGCACUCGUCCAAAGCCCUUCUAAUCAGAGUGCCCUUGGAGCAGGGGGAGCGAACAGUAAUGGAAGUGCGGCCAGAGUGUGGGGUGUAGCCACAGGCUCCAGCUCUGGCCUGGCUCACUGCUCUAUCAGUGGUGGGGAUGGAAAAAUGGACACUAUGAUUGGAGAUGGGAGAAGUCAGAAUUGCUGGGGUGCUUCCAACUCCAAUGGUGGCAUUAAUCUUAACCUUAAUCCUAAUGCCAACCCAGCUGCCUGGCCUGUACUUGGACAUGAAGGCACCGUGGCGACAGGCAACCCUUCCAGUAUUUGCAGUCCAGUCAGUGCCAUAGGUCAAAAUAUGGGCAACCAGAACGGGAACCCAACAGGCACUUUAGGUGCUUGGGGAAACUUGCUGCCGCAAGAGAGCACAGAACCACAAACGUCCACUUCUCAGAAUGUGUCUUUCAGCGCACAACCUCAGAACCUUAACACUGAUGGACCAAAUAACACUAACCCCAUGAACUCUUCACCCAACCCUAUCAAUGCAAUGCAGACAAAUGGACUGCCAAACUGGGGCAUGGCUGUUGGUAUGGGGGCCAUCAUCCCGCCCCACCUGCAAGGCCUUCCUGGUGCUAAUGGAUCAUCAGUUUCUCAAGUCAGUGGGGGCAGUGCUGAAGGAAUAAGCAAUUCUGUGUGGGGACUGUCCCCAGGUAACCCUGCCACAGGAAAUAGCAAUUCUGGGUUCAGUCAGGGGAAUGGAGACACUGUGAACUCAGCAUUAAGUGCUAAACAAAAUGGAUCCAGCAGUGCUGUGCAAAAGGAAGGAAAUGGAGGAAGUGCUUGGGAUUCAGGACCUCCCACUGGUCCUGGAAUACUCGCCUGGGGAAGGGGCAGUGGCAACAAUGGCGUUGGUAAUAUCCAUUCGGGAGCUUGGGGCCACCCCAGCCGAAGCACCUCUAACAGUGUGAAUGGGGAAUGGGGAAAGCCCCCAAACCAGCAUUCCAACAGUGACAUCAAUGGGAAAGGAUCAACAGGGUGGGAGAGUCCUGGUGUCACCAUCCAGAACCCUACUGUGCAGCCUGGUGGUGAACACAUGAACUCCUGGGCCAAAGCGGCAUCUUCUGGAACUACAGCAAGUGAAGGAAGUAGUGAUGGUUCUGGCAACCACAAUGAAGGAAGCACUGGGAGGGAAGGAACGGGAGAAGGCCGAAGGCGAGAUAAAGGGAUUAUAGACCAAGGGCACAUCCAGUUGCCAAGGAAUGAUCUUGACCCAAGAGUUCUGUCUAAUACUGGUUGGGGACAGACUCCUGUAAAGCAGAACACUGCCUGGGAAUUUGAAGAAUCCCCUAGGUCUGAAAGGAAAAAUGACAAUGGGACAGAGGCCUGGGGUUGUGCAGCUACUCAGCCUUCAAACUCAGGGGGGAAGAACGAUGGGUCCAUCAUGAACAGUACAAAUACCUCUUCAGUAUCUGGGUGGGUCAACGCGCCACCUGCCGCUGUACCAGCAAACACAGGUUGGGGAGACAGCAACAACAAAGCGCCAAGUGGCCCGGGGGUUUGGGGGGACUCGAUAAGCUCUACUGCUGUUAGUACUGCUGCUGCUGCCAAGAGUGGCCAUGCUUGGAGUGGGGCCGCAAAUCAGGAGGACAAGUCACCCACCUGGGGUGAGCCUCCAAAGCCCAAAUCCCAACACUGGGGAGAUGGACAAAGAUCAAAUCCAACCUGGAGUGCAGGAGGGGGAGAUUGGGCAGAUUCAUCAUCUGUCCUUGGACACUUGGGGGAUGGGAAAAAAAAUGGAUCUGGAUGGGAUGCUGACAGUAAUAGGUCAGGGUCUGGUUGGAAUGACACCACGAGAUCUGGGAGCAGCGGCUGGGGCAACAGCACAAAUACAAAGGCCAAUCCAGGUACAAACUGGGGGGAGACUUUAAAACCUGGCCCCCAACAGAACUGGGCUAGCAAACCCCAAGACAACAAUGUGAGUAACUGGGGAGGAGCUGCUUCUGUGAAACAGACAGGAACAGGGUGGAUCGGGGGGCCGGUACCAGUCAAACAGAAGGACAGCAGUGAGGCAACUGGCUGGGAAGAACCCUCUCCACCGUCCAUUCGCCGCAAAAUGGAAAUUGAUGAUGGUACCUCAGCUUGGGGGGACCCAAGCAACUAUAACAAUAAAACUGUAAACAUGUGGGAUAGAAACAACCCGGUCAUCCAGAGCAGUACCACGACCAAUACCACCACCACCACCACUACCACGAGCAACACCACACACAGGGUCGAGACGCCGCCACCGCACCAGGCCAGUACUCAGCUGAAUCGAUCACCGUUGCUUGGUCCAGGUAGGAAAGUUUCAUCAGGCUGGGGAGAAAUGCCUAAUGUUCACUCAAAGACUGAAAACUCUUGGGGAGAACCAUCCUCCCCUUCUUCCCUGGUGGAUAAUGGCACAGCAGCAUGGGGGAAGCCACCCAGCAGUGGCAGCGGGUGGGGAGACCACCCUGCCGAGCCGCCAGUGGCAUUUGGAAGAGCUGGCGCACCUGUUGCUGCCUCAGCCCUGUGCAAACCAGCUUCAAAAUCUAUGCAAGAAGGCUGGGGCAGUGGUGGGGAUGAAAUGAACCUCAGUACCAGCCAGUGGGAGGAUGAAGAAGGGGACGUGUGGAAUAAUGCUGCUUCCCAAGAAAGCACCUCCUCCUGCAGCUCCUGGGGGAACGCCCCCAAAAAAGGACUUCAAAAGGGCAUGAAGACGUCUGGCAAGCAGGAUGAGGCCUGGAUCAUGAGCCGGCUGAUCAAACAACUCACAGACAUGGGCUUCCCGAGAGAGCCAGCUGAGGAGGCCUUGAAGAGUAACAAUAUGAAUCUUGAUCAGGCCAUGAGCGCUCUGCUGGAAAAGAAGGUGGACGUGGACAAGCGUGGGCUGGGAGUGACCGACCAUAAUGGAAUGGCCGCCAAGCCCCUCGGCUGCCGCCCGCCAAUCUCCAAAGAGUCUUCCGUGGACCGCCCCACCUUUCUUGACAAGCUCACCGUUUCUUUCUCCAAUCAGGAUGGCGGCCUCGUGGAAGAGCCCACGCCUUCACCGUUCUUGCCUUCCCCAAGCCUGAAGCUCCCCCUUUCACACAGUGCACUCCCCAGUCAGGCCCUGGGUGGGAUUGCCUCCGGGCUGGGCAUGCAAAACUUGAAUUCUUCUAGACAGAUACCGAGUGGCAAUCUGGGUAUGUUUGGCAAUAGUGGAGCAGCACAAGCCAGGACCAUGCAGCAGCCGCCACAGCCACCAGUGCAGCCUCUUAACUCUUCCCAGCCCAGUCUCCGUGCUCAAGUGCCUCAGUUUCUAUCCCCUCAGGUUCAAGCACAGCUUUUGCAGUUUGCAGCAAAAAACAUUGGUCUCAACCCUGCACUAUUAACCUCGCCAAUUAAUCCUCAACAUAUGACGAUGUUGAACCAGCUCUAUCAGCUGCAGCUGGCAUACCAACGUUUACAAAUCCAGCAGCAGAUGAUACAGGCCCAGCGUAAUGUGUCCGGAUCCAUGAGACAACAGGAGCAGCAAGUUGCGCGCACAAUCACUAAUCUGCAGCAGCAGAUCCAGCAGCACCAGCGCCAGCUGGCCCAGGCCCUGCUCGUGAAGCAGCCACCACCACCACCACCCCCGCCGCACCUGUCUCUGCACCCCUCUGCAGGCAAAUCGGCCAUGGACAGCUUCCCCUCGCACCCUCAGACUCCCGGCCUACCUGACCUGCAGACCAAAGAGCAGCAGUCUUCACCCAACACCUUUGCUCCUUACUCUCUCGCUGGACUGAAUCCAAACAUGAAUGUCAACAGCAUGGACAUGACCGGUGGCUUGUCGGUGAAGGACCCAUCCCAGUCCCAGUCACGCCUCCCCCAGUGGACGCACCCCAACUCCAUGGAUAACUUGCCCAGUGCCGCUUCCCCCCUGGAGCAGAACCCUAGCAAGCAUGGUGCUAUCCCUGGAGGUCUAAGCAUUGGGCCUCCAGGUAAGUCCUCCAUUGAUGACUCCUAUGGCCGGUACGAUUUAAUCCAGAACAGUGAGUCACCAGCCAGUCCUCCCGUAGCUGUUCCCCAUAGCUGGUCACGUGCCAAAUCUGACAGUGAUAAAAUCUCAAAUGGCUCUAGCAUCAACUGGCCCCCAGAAUUCCAUCCGGGAGUUCCAUGGAAAGGACUGCAGAAUAUUGACCCUGAGAAUGACCCUGACGUCACUCCUGGCAGUGUCCCCACUGGGCCUACCAUCAAUACCACCAUCCAGGAUGUCAACCGCUACCUCCUCAAGAGUGGAGUUAGAGUCAUGAACCCGGACACCGCCACCACCUUGCUCAGUGCCGUGUUUGGUUCUGCAGGGUCCUCCCCGCCAUCAUCUCAGAAUGCCACGCUGCCUUCCUCGAGUGCCUGGCCGCUCAGUGCCUCCGGCUACAGUAGCUCUUUCAGCAGCAUUGCAUCCGCACCUAGUGUCGCAGGUAAACUGUCAGACAUUAAAUCGACGUGGUCCUCUGGCCCUGCCUCCCACACGCAAGCCUCUCUGUCUCAUGAACUGUGGAAGGUGCCCAGAAACACUACUGCACCCACGAGGCCACCUCCAGGGUUAACCAAUCCCAAGCCCUCCUCCACCUGGGGUGCCAGCCCCCUCGGCUGGACCAGCUCCUACUCCUCGGGUUCUGCCUGGAGCACCGACACCUCAGGAAGAACCAGCAGCUGGCUCGUUCUUCGAAACCUCACUCCCCAGAUUGAUGGUUCUACACUGCGGACAUUAUGUUUGCAACAUGGGCCUCUUAUCACAUUCCACCUGAAUCUGACUCAAGGCAAUGCCGUGGUCCGGUACAGCUCCAAGGAGGAGGCUGCCAAGGCCCAGAAGUCUCUGCACAUGUGCGUCCUGGGAAACACUACCAUCCUGGCUGAGUUUGCUGGCGAAGAAGAAGUGAAUCGCUUCUUAGCCCAAGGCCAGGCGCUGCCACCCACUUCCAGCUGGCAGUCCAGCAGCGCGUCCAGCCAGCCGCGGCUCAGUGCAGCCAGCAGCUCCCAUGGCCUGGUGCGCAGCGACGCUGGCCACUGGAACGCCCCGUGCCUGGGUGGCAAGGGGAGCAGUGAACUGCUGUGGGGCGGGGUGCCCCAGUACUCCAGCAGCCUGUGGGGCCCACCCAGUGCCGACGACAGCAGGGUGAUCGGCAGCCCCACCCCGCUGACCACCUUGCUGCCUGGGGACCUGCUCAGCGGGGAGUCCCUGUAGGAGCUGCCAUCAUCAGCACCAGGAGAGCCGACCCCUCCCGGCUGGGUGGCCCCACAGACCCGCUGGAACCCAGCAGCGGCCGCCCUUUUGAGUACCUCUGUCCAGGACUGAAGACGAACCUUGGCCGCAGUCCUUGCGAACUGUUCGCAAAGCAGUGCAGGCUGCGGUGGGUCAGCGUCACAUGCUAAUGACAGGAUGUUCCUCGUAGCUUUUUAUUUUGUGUGUCUUAUGUUUGUAUAGUGUGUUGUCAUUUUGAUUUUUUUUUUUUUUUAAAUAUAAAAGCUGCUUAGAAUAGUUCUAUCAUGAAGGGCACUUUUCAGAUUGUGGGCUGGAAAGGGUUAUUUUAUCUGUGGGGGAGGGAGGGAGACGUGAAGCCUAUUUAAAAUGAGCCUGUGACGAUUAUGCACAUUACCAGAGGCGGCCGGUAAUCAGGGCAGAGUCUGGUGUGGACCGCCGGGCGCAGAGCGGCUCCACAGCGGGAGCUGAGCGGAAGGCGCGGGCUGCGAUCUGCUCUCUGUUCCCUUGGAUCCGCCUAUGCACAUUACCCUUGUUUCAUUACUUUUUCAUGUCAUUUUUUUAUCCCAAAAAAUAUUUUUUAAAAGUUAAAAAAGACAUAUCAAACAUGCAAAUACUUGAAUCCAGCAGGCCAAUAGUGAAAUGUGAACACUUUCUAAUUCUACACUUCCAGGUUGACAUCAGUACACAGAAACAGGCUCUAGGAAAAAUUUCUAAGUUCAUAGCCUAUGUGUGUGUGUAUGUGUGCGUGUUGAAACAGAAGUGUGUGUGUGCGUGUGUGGCGCGUGCUCCUGCACGGCGUGCAGUUUUCUGUGUUUGUGUGUUUGAAAGCGUGUGAGGAUUUAACUGGGUUUUCCCUUGUAUUCAGUAUAUGCUUUUUUUUUGGCGCAUUGGUCAAACGUUUGUUAUUAUUAGCUUCUAACUUUGCACUGAGUGUCCUCGCCCUUCCUUUAGCUAAUCCUAUACAUUACAGAGAAUUCCUAGGACAGGGCUGGCGACAAUUCAUGUGUAAAUGUUUACUCAAGGACUCUGUGACUGCGUUUUAAAAAGUACAGUGUAUAUCUCUGGAGAAAUAAUAUGUAUACCUACCUUUAGCAGCUUUUUAUUGUGGACUAAUGCAAGAAAAUUAUUACCAGAGUAUUGCACCAUUUUUCCAUUUGGAAUAUAAAGUUAAAGAGAAAAAAAAAAAAACUGUUGUUGAACUGUGGCCAUAGAUACUUGUAAAGAAUGGAUGAUUCCGCGGAAGGAACAGAAACAAGCACUUGGGCGUGGGUUGUGACUGCUUUUGGCGGAGCCUGGGGUUUGGGCUCCCACCUGUUUACAGACCUUUUUUUCUCCUUCAGACUUUAAAAUUUUAAAAAUUUAAAAAGGAAUUAAGAAAAAAAAGACUUCUGUCGUAAAGAAACCUAUUUUCAGAAUGCAGAUGCGCUCCUUCAGAGCUCUGGGACGGGACAGUGUUGUUCCCUCAGCCAUCGUCGUGGAGUCUGUCGAUUGCUUUCGCCCCUUCGUGAAGGUGACAGGCGUCGUGGCCACUGUCUUGCACAGCCGGACGCGCUCUCAGGAAAGCCAGGGCUCCCGAGGGCAGCUCCACACCAUUUCAUGUAUUUUUAAACCCAACUCCUAGCACUGAAGAUGUUAUUUAAAACAAAACAAAACAAAACAAAAAAAAUGAAAAAAAAGAAAAAGAGGAAAAAAAAACACAAAGAAGAAAAAUACCUAAUCUCUAAUGUGUAGCAGUUACAUAUUUACCAAAUAAUGGACUCAAAAGAAAUAGAUGUUUGAAGAGUGCUUUAUAUAUUAAAAAUUGCUUUAUGUUUUAAAAAUGAUCAAUGUUUUGAUUGUUUUGCAAGGAAGAAAGACAAUGGAAUAACAUACCCUCAAGUAUGUUUUAAAAAUAUAUAUAUAUAUGAACAUUGUGCUCCCUGCCUGCUUGAUCAGGAAACUUGUGCAUUACGUUUUUUUUAAUUAGCUUUUUAAUGGUUUUAUCAAAACAAAAAAAUACAAAAAAAAAAAGUCCUGCAAGAUUGCAGAUCCACAAAAGCUGGUUUUAUAGAGGAUCAUGAACUAUGCACAAACUGGGUUCAAGACUUUUUUUCUCAAGUUUAGUAGGAUAUUUAGCAAAACCAACCUUCCUCAGAGUGACUGCAUCUCAUUGCCAUUACAUGCGUUCUAUAUAUUCGAUGGACAUACACCUGCGUAUGUAUAUCCAAUAUGUGUGCGUGUGAGCGUGCGUGUGCGUAUGUGCACCCGACAUACCACUUCCUGUGCUGCCGGCGAGCAUUGAGUUGUAGAAAAACUGUUGUUUUAAAAUUGGGGAUGGAAGUCAAGAAUAUGUUUGUUUGUUUUUGGGUUUUGUUGGGUUUGUUUGAGGUUUUGUUUUUUUGUUUUUACCUUUUAUUUUGAACUUAGUAUGUCUGUAACUCUGAGAUUAAAAAACAAGUUUGUGGCUCUUAAUGUUUUCCUCACAGAAUGUGAUUCUUGAAGAACAUGCAUCGAAAGUUGCUUUCGAAAGUACAACGCUUUAUUGAAUCUUAAUAAAUUGCAAUUUUUUUUCUUGGC